GAUAAUUGGGAGUCUAUAUAAUCACUUUAUUUUAAUUUACAGGAUAGGUUCCUGUUUUUUUCAAAUCAACGUCAAAUCAAUUCUCACAUGGCCAUAUGUACAUUAAAAAACAGCUAUUGUUUGCUGUAAUUGUUCCCCUAGUUCAUGCUGGCUUUUUGACAGAGAGAUCCCUUCUUGUAAGUGAUGCGGGACAAAAUUCACAGCCUUUUGUGCACAAAUGCUCAUGUCAAUAUGAGGCUUUAGCAGUGGCUAAAUCAAGUGGAUAUUUUUUAUCAAGGACACAGUCAUUUUAGAAUAAAAUUCCCUCUUUGUGUUUCCACAGACAGUAGCUUUGGUAAUGUCUUAAGAAAUAGUUUAGAAGACAGUGAUACCCGCCUGAUCUGACUAACUCAGACCACUCAAGCCUCAAAUUAGCUUCAGCUGAACUCCAUUCAUUGUGGACUUUGUCCCACUAGACUGACGUCACUGUAAGAGGGGAUCUCACUGGGCACAUGAGAAUUGAUUUACUUGAAAAAAUGACCUGAUGAAAAUAAGAAGUGGUUUUGAUCCAAUUUACUGCUUUACAUUUUAGUUAAGAAAGAAAGGAAGGAAAAUCUGAAAUAAAAGAAAGUGAUGAGGUAACCUAUGGCCUUAAAAGUGAGAGGGGAAUUGACCUGCUUGCCAUCUGGAGAGCCCCGCACCGUGUCAUUCUAUUCUGCGGAUCUUUUAAUCAUGAAUCAUUUAUAAUGUGAAGACCGCAGUCUCCCCUGGAGAGGAAACACUCAGCCCGCUGAUUCAGAGGGGAGAAAUAACCAUCCACACAUUAAACACACUGGAGAAAAAACCACAGAGCUGCUGCGCCGUGAUCCAGUAGCCGAGUGCAGAGACAGGUGUGCGCACCUUCCUCACAGGUGUGUUUUCUGCGGUGGGAGCAGCGACAGAGACCUCAGAGAAACUUCUUCAGCGCCAUCACUCACAUCUGAUCCAACACUUGAUGAAGAGGAUUUUUUGAAAAUCUGUUCUGUGGCAGAUCUUUUUUAAACAAGACUGCCACAAACAAGCCGUGCAGAGGAAAUAAAAUCCAAUCACUUUUGAACAGCUGAGAAGCCCCCCUCCCCCUCACCAUGCUCCCUGCUCAGGAGGCGGCCAAGAUCUACCACACCAACUACGUGCGUAACGCGCGGGCCGUGGGCGUGCUGUGGACGGUUUUCACCAUCACCUUCGCCGUCAUCACCGUGGUGGUGUUCAUCCAGCCAUACUGGAUCGGGGACAGUGUCAACACGCCGCAGGCCGGAUACUUCGGCCUCUUCCACUACUGCAUCGGGAACGCGCUCACCUCGGAGCUCACCUGCAAAGGGAGCGCGCUUGACUUCGGCUCCAUCCCAUCCGGCGCCUUCAAGACGGCCAUGUUCUUCGUGGGGAUCUCCAUGCUGCUGGUGGUGGGCAGCAUCGUCUGCUUCAGCCUCUUCUUCUUCUGCAACGCGGGGAGCGUGUACAAGAUCUGCGCCUGGAUGCAGCUGGCCUCCAGUACAUGCAUGGUGAUUGGCUGUAUGAUCUAUCCUGACGGCUGGGAUUCAGAGGAGGUGAAGCGCAUGUGUGGCCAGCGGACUGACAAAUACACCCUAGGCAACUGCACGGUGCGCUGGGCCUACAUCCUGGCCAUCAUCAGCAUCAUGGACUCGCUCAUCCUCUCCUUCCUGGCCUUCAGCCUGGGCAGCCGACAAGAUCAGCUGCUGCCCGAGGACUUCCAGGUUGAGGAGAAAGAUAAUGCAUAGCCCCCUGAGGACAACAGGCACCAGAGAUGGACAGGAACUGAAGAGGAGUACUGCUGACUCGGGGGACUCGUAUAUUCAAGGCUUCAGGACAGUUCAUUAAAAUAAAAAAAUAACUAAGGAGGAGCACAUCUUGUCCUAAAAUGAUAACAGCCUAUGGACAGACAGUCACUGCCCACUUCUAGCUACAGCCUUCGAGCUUUAGAUUGCCUAUCGGCUGUUUUUGGGUAAAAUCAUUUCACUUAAUAUGUGGACUGUGCUUUCAGGCUUUUCAGUAUAAAUUACAGAUAAAUGUGAAGCUGCUCAUAACUUUGGAGAAUUAAUUCUGAAGUGUUGGCUUUUCUGAGCUACAAUAUUAAGCCCUGAAAUGUAAAAAAAUGAAAAUGUUUACUGUAAUUUCUGAUGUUUUAAUGGCUGCAACUUCCUUCUAAAACAUUCUCCAAAUUACUGUUAAAAUAAACAUUUUAAUUAUA